AUGGCUCUGCUCACGCUCGUCGUCCUCGCACUUCCCCCGCCAGCGCUGGCCCUGCCGCGAUUUGGCGGCGUUAUCAUGCGUGCCGGGCGGCCUUUCGAGCGUGCGCGGGCGGAUGAUGAGGACGACAACCCGAUGGCAGCGGCGCUCGAGGCGUUCGGCGGCCCAGCUCAAGCCUCGCGACCGGAGCGCACGGCCGCGUCCAAGGCGCGCUCGCCGUACGGGCGGCGGCGCAUCCCGAGCGAGCGCCCGCAAGCGCGCCGCACGCCUCGCGGCCCGCUGCAGGGCGCGCUUGGCCGGCGCGAGGAGCCGGCGCGGAGGAGGGCGCGCGACGGCAGGCCGCGGUGGUCUGGAGGAGAGGAGGCGUGGGCGGACGGCGCCUCCCUCGACGCGCGGGUUGAUCGGGAGAGCCGCCAGCUCCACGAGUCGGACGGGAUGGAGUCGAGCCGGCUGGCGGGCCCGCUCGUCACGCUCGCGCCGACUCGCGUGAUGCUGUUUGUGGACGCGUCGUGGCUGUACUACUCGGUCUUCGAGGGGGGCAAGAACUGCCCGAUCGCCGCCGCCUACGGGCCCGGCUGGACCGCCACCCACCACGUCGACUGGUCGAUGCUCCCUUCCCUCGUCUCGGACCACAUCUCGGCGGAGCUGCUGCACCUGCAGCCCGGCCUGCCGCGCGCGGUGGAGGUGGCCCGCGAGGCCAUGUUCGACGAGAUGCGGAGGCUGCACUACGACGUGCACCUUGGCUCCUUCAUCAAUAGUUAA